AUGAUCUCCUACAAACGAGCGGUCGACCAGGACGGCACUGGCUUCUCCGGGCACUUCGUCGAAUGGAUCGACAGGAGCAAGAACGAGGAGGCUGACACACUUUCCAGGCUUGGCUCCAAGCGGAAGCCACCUCCACUAGGCCUCUUCCUCGACAUCCUCACUCGCCCGUCGGUAUGGCCACCCCGCGAAGUCGACAUCGCUGAACCGCUGGCCCCCGAUUCCGUGCUGGUCGAAGUCGCCUCAAACGUCGGGGACUGGACGGAACCUUACAUGAACUACCUCGAACGGCAGAUCUUUCCCAUGGACGAAAGGGAACCACGCAUGAUCGUACGCCGAUGCAAGUCAUUCACCAUAAUCAACCAAGAGCUGUACAAGCGCAGUAUCUCUGGAGUAUUCCAGCGGUGCGUAGGGCCGUAA